CCAACGCCCUCGCAAUCCCCACAGCAUCAGACCAGCGAGACGCACUCCUCCGAGCACACCCAAUUCCAUCACAUACAUACAGCGAGAGCGGCUUAGCCGGCUGUACUUGCUGCGACGUACCUGCGAGGAGGAAGCUAGAGAAGAGAAGCAACAGCAAUGGGGAGGGCUCCGUGCUGCGAGAAGAUGGGGCUUAAGAGGGGCCCAUGGACGGCAGAGGAAGACAGGACGCUAGUGGCUCACAUCGAGCAGCACGGGCACAGCAACUGGCGGGCGCUGCCGAAGCAGGCCGGGCUGCUCCGCUGCGGCAAGAGCUGCCGCCUCCGGUGGAUCAACUACCUGCGCCCUGACAUCAAGCGCGGCAACUUCACCAGGGAGGAGGAAGACGCCAUCAUCCAGCUCCACGACAUGCUCGGCAACAGAUGGUCAGCGAUUGCCGCGAGGCUGCCUGGGAGGACGGAUAACGAGAUCAAGAAUGUCUGGCACACACACAUCAAGAAGAGGCUCGAAGGAAAAACACAAGGCACAGCUACCGGUGCGCCGGCCAAGCGCAAAGCCAAGAAGCACGUGGCUUCUGUGAACACGACGCUCCAGCAGCAGCAGCAGGGCCCGGUCUCCUCCGUGCCGGUCUCGCCGGAGCAGUCCCUAUCGACGUCAUCCUCCACCGACAACGACUGCAUGGCCUCGUCGUUGGAGAACACGGGCAGCUCUGCCUCGGACUCGCACGAGUUCCAGAUUGACGACAGCUUCUGGUCGGAGACUCUGGCGAUGGCCGUGGACAGCAGCUCCGGUUCAGGGAUGGAAGCCGCCGAGUCCUUCGACGCGGAUAGCGCUUCCCCGUCGUCGUCGUCGAGCAACGACGAGAUGGACUUCUGGGUCAAGCUGUUCAUGCAGGCCGGUGACAUGCAGAGUUUGUCCCAGAUUUAAAGUGGAGAGGAUCAGAGGAUUUUGGGGGCAGUUCUUCAUUAUUUUUCUCACUGUUCUGAGAGGCUCAUAUGCGGGGGAACAGGCGUGUGGCACUGCCGUACCACCGUACGAGAAGCCCCGUGCAGGAGAACGUACAGCCACAAUGCCGCCGGAAGGGCACAUCGAGCAAACUCAAAACGUUCGAAGGGAGAAGCGGCGGCGGCCAUCGUGCAGUGCACACGCCCGCUUCAGACUGGACAUGGAAAUCCGAGGCGGGAUCGAUUUCUCAUGGCGUACGAGGAACUCGGAAGUUCUGAUUCUUUCAACCAGUAGCUCAUCGGCUGAUUUGACUUGACCUUCGUUGCUAGCCAGCGACAUGAUCAAGCAUUUCAUGAAAGUUUGAUGUAUUCUUUACACUUUAGUCAGUUUAAAUCUUCAGCUUCUUGUUAGGUGGUUAAAGUGUCUUCACGGUUCGCAUAGUGGCACUAACAUGAAAGGGUAGACGAGUUAAUAGCUGAGUAUCUUUCGACAUAUUGAUAGUCAUAUUCAUUAAGACUCUGCUCUGCUUGAUU